AUGGCUGAAGCAGUGAAAGACGCCGUAAAGGAGGUCACCGACAACGUCAAGAAUCUUACUGUAUCUGGAGAGGCCAAACCGAAGAAGGAGAAGAAGCCAAAGAAAGGCGCAGAGACCGCAGAUGGCCGACCGCUCGAACUUAGCCCGCCCGCAGCGUACAUCGACCACCGAGUCAAGAUCUUCGAGCAAUUGAAGGCCAAAUACGAUGAGGAGAUCGCCCAGAAGCCGCGCGAGAAGAUCAAGGUGACUCUUGGAGACGGAAAGGUCCAUGAUGGAGAAUCCUGGGUCACCAGCCCAGCCGACAUUGCGCGAGCUAUAAGCAAAAGUUUGUUCGAGCGCACAGUCAUUGCUCGCCUAGACCAUGGUACACCAGAUGAGACGCUGUGGGAUUUGGAGAGACCACUGGAGAAGAGCUGCAAGCUGGAAUUGCUGGACUUCGAUCAUGAGGAGGGCAAGAAGGUUUUCUGGCAUUCGAGCGCGCAUAUUCUUGGCGAAGCAUCAGAGCGAAGAUUUGGCUGUGACCUCUGCAUCGGUCCACCAGUUGAGGACGGUUUCUACUACGAGAUGGCAUUGCCGGAGAAAGCUGCCGUCGAAAGCUCAGAUUACAAGCCCCUCGAAACCAUCGUGAGCAGCAUUGUCAAGGAGAAGCAGGUCUUCCAGCGAUUAGUCCUUUCGAAGGAGGAUCUGCUUGAGAUGUUCAGGUCAAAUCCUUACAAGCAGCAUAUCAUCAAGGACAAAAUUCCUGAUGGCACAUCCACCACUGUCUACCGCAACGGACCUCUCAUCGAUCUUUGCCGGGGACCUCACGUCCCACACACAGGCCGAAUCAAGCAAUUCAAGGUCAUGAAGAACUCUGCGUCAUACUUCCUCGGCGAUGCCAACAACGACAGUUUACAGCGCAUCUAUGGUGUUUCGUUCCCGGAUAAGGACCGCAUGCAGGCACAUCUCAAGUACUUGGAGGAGGCUGCUAAGCGCGACCAUCGCAAGAUCGGCAAAGAACAGGAGCUAUUUUUCUUUCACGAGUAUAGCCCCGGUUCCUGCUUCUUCUUACCGCACGGAAUGAUCAUCUACAACACACUAAUGUCCUACCUGAGGGAACAGUACUGGAAGCGCGGCUACCAGGAGGUUGGGUCGCCGAACAUGUACAACUCGGCCUUGUGGAAGACCUCGGGUCACUGGCAGCACUACUCAGAAGACAUGUUUACAUUCGACGUCGAGAAGGAGAAGUGGGCGCUAAAGCCAAUGAACUGUCCCGGCCACUGCCUCAUCUUCGGGCACCGUGAGCGAAGCUACCGUGAGCUUCCGAUCAGGAUGGCCGACUUUGGUAUCCUCCACCGAAACGAAGCAUCUGGUGCGCUCUCCGGCUUGACCCGUGUGCGCCGCUUCCAGCAGGAUGACACCCACAUCUUCUGCACAGAAGACCAGAUCACGGAAGAGAUCACCCAGCUGUUCGACUUCCUUCGUGAAGUCUACGGCAAGUUCGGCUUCACCUUCAAGUUGAAGCUGAGCACACGUCCCGAAGGCUUCCUGGGCGAGAUUGAGACCUGGGACAAGGCUGAGGCCAAAUUAACAGAAGCUUUGAAUCAAUUCACCACCGAAGGAGGCGGCGCGUGGGAGCUGAACCCCGGAGACGGCGCAUUCUACGGACCCAAGAUCGACAUCACCAUCCAGGACGCUUUGAGGCGAGAUUUUCAAUGUGCGACCAUCCAGCUCGACUUCCAGCUGCCGCAGCGCUUCGAGCUUGAGUACAUGACCUCUGAGGCGCGGCCAAAGACCGAUAAGGAGGCUAAGGAGACGGAGAAGGCGGAGAAACCCGAGGAGAAGGAGAAGCACGACAGACCGAAGGAGCUUGCAGAGCAUGAGCAAGAUGCUCUCAAGAAGACCCCCGCACCACCACCAGGAUACGCCCGCCCUGUGAUGAUCCACCGCGCCAUCUACGGCUCCUUCGAGCGCUUUAUUGGCAUCCUCACCGAGCACUUCGCCGGCCGCUGGCCCUUCUGGAUCUCCCCCCGCCAAGUCAUGAUCAUCCCCGUCAUGCCCGCCGUAAACUCCUAUGUGCAAGAAGUCCAGUCGCUCCUCCGCGCGCAGGGCCUCCACGCCGAUAUUGACAUCUCCGGCAACACCAUGCAGAAGAAGAUCCGCACCGCGCAGCUCGCGCUGUACAACUUCAUCAUUGUGGUGGGGGCUGAGGAGCGCGAGAACAAGGCGGCAAACGUGAGGAAUAGGGAUGAUCAGGAGAGUCAGAAGCGUGGGGAGGUUAUUCCAUUGGAGGAGGUGGUGAGGAAGCUGGUGGCGUUGAGGGAUGAGCGGAGGUUGGAGAAUGUCUUGAUUUAG